UUACCGGCUGCAGAAGGUGAGAGGGCUAGCCGGCUCCUGUGCCUUGGUUGGCGAUUGAGUGUUUGGUGCGUCGCCCGUUUCAUUAUGUCAGCCACCAGAGAACCGAAUUACCAAGAUUGGCCAGGUCUUUUUGGCCCGCAUCCCCAGUCGCACCCCGGAAGUCAAUUCAUUAGAUCUCCGGCGCGGAAUCUCACUCCCGCCCCGGAUUCUCAACCUCCACCGAAUGUCACAGAGUGGGUCGUGACCUCUGUCACCCGCCGACCUCCGCGCCAAACGACGACCAUGAUUCUCCCGUCGUGACUCGGACCGGCUAUGGUUCCUCUCCCAGCGGUUGACUGCCUCAAAACCUCACCUGACAAUCUCACGUUCCUCUCGGGAAACAAUAUCGCGGAACAGCUUGGGUGACGACGUUGCACAGGUAGCCAAGAGCGGGGCAGUAAAAAGGCUGUUAAGGUGGUUGAGUCGAAGUUUGGCUUCCACAAAUCUGUUGGGACUUGGCCGAUUUUUGCAAGCCUGACCUGAUGGCUUCACUUCCCUUAGGUAAUAUACAUGUGCUGUUGCUUUUCGUGGCGGGAUAUCAUUGUUUUCAGCCGCAAUUACUGCUUAUUAGAAGCAAUGUCACAGUACGAUG